AGGCAAUUGCGGUAAGGUUAUGAGACGUGGAGAAAAAAAUAGAAAGGAAAACAGUAAAAAAGAAAAGGAAAAGAGUGUGCUAAGAGUGGCUGAAAGUGAUGAUAAAGAAAAUACAUUAAGACUGCGAUAGGUAAUGAAAAGAGGAAUUCUGAAGUGAAGAGGAAAAAAAGAAUUAUGGCGAAUCGAGGUGUUAAGAUGCGCGGCCCCGUGCUGGCGGCGGUGACGGUGCUGCCCCUCUUGCUCCUCCUGGCCGUAACCCAAGGUGUGGUGGUGGGCCCCGAGCCACCCACCCACGCCCCAGUCUCAAACAACGUGAACUGCAGCGAGAGCCUCAAGUUGCUGCCUGUGCUGCGUCUCGUCACUCCCGCCUCCACCACCACCGCCUCCACCGCUUCUCAGCCCCUGACCUCAGACACCCUCGCCCUGCCUGUACCUACGACUACCACCCACACACUCUACUCACAACCCCACGGCACUCCCGCCUCCAUAACAACACCCGCCUCACCCACUACAGCACCCUCAAAACCCACACUACGGCCGAAGCAAUACACGAGCUUCAACGGGAAACUAAAGGCGACAAAAGCACCACAAACAAAACACCAUCCCGAGAAACACGACACCCACACACUUGAUAAAACAGUGAAUAAGCUGAAGUUAGAGCCAUACUUCGCAGAAAUUUUCUCUUCCUCCUCUUCUUCCUCCUCCUCCACAUCAACUCCUGCACCGUCAGCUCACAUUACUAUUCCCCUACCUGACUCCCCACCACGUACCUCCACUUCUCCUCCUCCUUCCCCAACGCUGCCUCUCCCCACUAUUCCUCCUGCCGCCUCCGCCACCACGCCCAUGUCACUACACACACUGCAGCAGCUUGGGGAGAGAAUGAGGCAGCUGGUAGCCAAGCGUUUACCUCUCGCCAUCACAGCAGGCUGGGCUAAGGAGUUCCAGAGGCCGUACCUGGAGCGGAUACGAGCAGUGAAUCACGAAAUAGUGGACAAGGUGCUGCAGGUAAACUACGAGGAGCACGACGAGAAUUCCACCACCUUCGACACCAAUUCCACCAAUACCAACGCCUGCUACCUGCCGGAGAAGCGCCUGGCUCCUCUGUUCCACCAGCAGACACUCCUCCUCCUCCUCCUAAAGACACUACCACAGUCCCUGGAGGAGGUGGAGGAGGCCACGUGGAAUCCAGAGAUCACCGACUACAUCUUCAGACCAGAGAAGCGGGCUGUCUUCGACGUGUAUAGCUGCAGGCAGUGUUACGCCUUUGACGCCAGCGGGGUGUGUCGUGAGGUGUUCUUCUGUAAGAAUGGCGAAGAUAUGUUCUCAAGUCGUCGUCGCAACUAUGGAUGACCUACCAUGCCCUGGCCACCCUCCUCCUGUGUAAGGGCGGUGGUGGUGGUGUGCUGAGGGUGGAAGGUACAGAAAUGGUAAACAGUGCAGGACGUGUGGAUUCUAAAGUCCUCUGUUCUCCUUGAUUGUAAUCUUAACAUGUGAUACGAGUAUAUUAAUACAAUUUGUAGUUUCACUUUAAAUAUAUUUAAAUUAUUUGAUUGUAUGAACACACACACACACCGCGUAGUGUAGUGGUUAGCACGCUCGACUCACAAUCGAGAGGGCCGGGUUCGAGUCCCGGUAAGCGGCGAGGCAAAUGGGUAAGCCUCUUUAUGUGUGGCCCCUGU